GUUUCUGUGGAGCGAAAGUGGGGCGUAACAGGGAGCCGGCCGCGGCGGCUGCUUCGCUAUUCCGGCCGAGUAGCCUUUGGGCAGCCGGAGCUGGCUCUGGUCCCUCGCGCGGACGCUUCCCCUGACCGGCGGCUUUUCAGGAAGGCGCCCAAGACUUGCGAAGGUUCAAGGCGUUCCUGGCGGGUCGGGGAGCCGCUGGGGGGAGUCUCCCGUUGGUGCGCACCUCUCCAGCCGCUCUCUUUCCUGCCCGCCCAAGAGGCGGGGAUAGGCGGGCAGAAGGAGCCGAGCCGAGCCGGGCUAGUUUGCCGCGGAGAGCGAAGGCUCUGGGUCGGAAGGAUUCCUCUGCGCGGGGAAAGAAAGCGGCGGCGACCAUGCCUGGCAGCGAUACCGCCCUAGCUGUGGACAGGACUUACUCCGACCCGGAGCGGCACCCUCGCUUCAAGUCCCGGGUGGAAAGACAUGAUGUGAAUACACUCAGUUUGCCACUUAAUAUUCGCCGGGGUGGUUCAGACACUAAUCUGAAUUUUGAUGUACCUGAUGGUAUAUUUGAAUUUCACAAAGUAAAACUCAGUGCAGAUAGUCUGAGACAAAAAAUUCUAAAAAUUACUGAGCAAAUAAAAAUAGAACAAACAGCUCGGGAUGGGAAUGUGGCCGAGUACUUGAAGCUGGUGAACAGUGCAGACAAACAACAAGCUGGACGAAUUAAACAAGUCUUUGAAAAGAAGAAUCAGAAGUCUGCCCAUUCCAUAGCCCAGCUACAAAAAAAAUUGGAACAAUAUCACAGAAAGCUAAAAGAAAUAGAACAGAACAGUUCCUCCAAAAGCACCAGAGAUACUUCCAAAGACAGCCUAAAGGAAAUCCAACACUCUUUAAAAGAUGCAAAUGGAAAAGCUCGUGCUACCAGCCAGGCCAAUGAAAGCUGCAAAACAGGGGUUCUGGGAGUUUCGUUGACACCUCCAGUGUUUGUUUUCAACAAAUCCAGGGAGUUUGCAAAUCUGAUUCGGAAUAAGUUUGGUAGUGCUGACAACAUUGCUCACUUGAAGAGUAGCUUAGAUGACUUCAGACCAGAAACUACUUCUAGGGCAUAUGGUGGUAGUGCCACCAUAGUAGCCAAGCCAAAAUACACCAGCGAUGAUGAAUGCUCAAGUGGAACAUCAGGAUCCAUAGACAGUAAUGGAAACCAAUCCUUUGGUCAAGGUGGGGCAAAUACUUUGGACACCCAUGGAAAACUUUCCAUAUUCUUGGAAGAACUGAGGGAAAUAAAGGAAGCACAAUCCCAAUUAUCAGAAGAUAUUCAGAAUUUAAAAGUACAGUUCAAAAGAGAUUAUGGCUUUAUUUCUCAGACCCUGCAAGAGGAAAGAUUCAGAUAUGAGCACUUAGAAGACCAGCUGAAUGAUUUAACAGACCUCCAUCAACAUGAAACAGCCUAUUUGAAGCAAGAACUGGCCAGUAUUGAAGAAAAAGUAGCAUAUCAGGCUUAUGAGCGGUCACGUGAUGUUCAGGAAGCUUUGGAAUCUUGCCAGACACGGGUUGCUAAAUUGGAGCUCCACCAACAGGAACAGCAAGCGUUACAAUCGGAAACGGUUAAUGCCAAAGUCCUACUAGGAAAAAGCAUAAACGUAGUCUUGGCCUUCAUGACUGUUAUCCUUGUAUGUGUCUCCACCAUAGCAAAGUUUAUAGCUCCGAUGAUGAAAAGCCGUUUCCAUAUUAUUUGCACGUUUUUUGUAGUAACUCUUCUUGCAAUUUUAUGCAAAAAUUGGGAUCACAUUAUCUGUGUCAUAGAACAGAUAAUUAUACCAAGAUGAAAACACAAGUAUGGAGACUUUCCUUUUUAAAAAAAAUAUUUUGGACAUCUAAACAAGCUAUUAAAUCUUGUAAUCUAAGUAGACAGAUUAGGUGAAGACUUUUUUUUCCACCUGGGGAUAAGCUUGUAAGACUGAAAACGCCUGCCAAUGCUUUCAUCUUAGCAAUCAUAGCAUAAGGAAUGACAUGAAUCUGAUGUGAAGUGGAUGAUGUGUAUACAUCUUUUUGCCUUAAUCCAACAAACUUUUCUACAUCCCAGAUUUCAGCCAAAUUCUGAAUUAAAGAUAUUACCUAGAUAAGUUUCAAGUGGGAAAAAUAGACAAAAUACUAAUUAAUUACAUUUUAUUAAAUGGAAAUUUACAAUGUCCUUUCAUUAUCUAAGGCAUUUUCCUUGUAGUAUAUUUCUAAAUAAUAAAGAUAUCUGUGUCUUAGAAAAUGCUAGACAAAUUUCCCAGGUUACCUAAUGAUCAACAUUCCUGUGGUGGGAAUUGUGCUGAUGUGAAUUAUCUUCUGUUAUUUGUAUCCCUUUUUAUCCAAUCGACAUACAGUAUAUUAACAAUUUAGAAUUUAUUUUGCCUUUCAAAUUAGUUAAUCCACUAUGAUUUUGCUUCAUGAUCUUAAAGAUGAUGUCUCUACUACGAAUGAAAUCAAGCAGUUCUUCUGUUAAUCCAAAAAUGGGGGUCUUUAUCUUACAGGAAAAUUUAUGUAGCCUACCAGACACCUCAUUUAUCAAAAAUGCAAAAAGAUAAGAAAAACUGUUUAUCUUCUUACAGACACUAGAGGAGAUAGACUCAUUCUCAAUGGAGCACAAAUAUACACAUUAGUAUCAAGGAAUAAAUAAAACUAGUGUAACAAGACAUGUUGUUUGGUAGUUUCAAAACAUAGGACCAGGAAGAGUAAAUUGAGGCCAAACCAUUCAACCACUGUCUAUUAGCCUUACCAGGUUGACUAGACAGGAAACAUAACUAGAUACACUAAUUCUAUUUUAUUGUAAAGCCACAUUAACAGAAUCUAGCAAAUUAUCCUGCUGUCAUUUUUAAAGUCCAAGAACUUAAACAGAUCCCUUUGCUCUUCCCACUAUAUUACUGUGGCCGAUACUCUCGCUUCUCUGAUCAUUCUCUAGGUAGCAUCUUUUCACCUGGUCCCUCAAGGUCUUUCCCAUAUACCAUUACAUUGUUUCUCUCCUCCCUACUCUUCCAUGCCCUAAUAAUCUGGAGUAGCUACUUCAUCACAAAUAAAGAACACCCUGCUUUAAGCUAGUUGGAUGCUUGGAUACCUUCCCUAUAUGCAUCACCAUUGAUUCUGAGAUGGUAAUGGCAUCUACCUGUACAAUUGGUAAAUGCCUCUUCAUCCACUACUGUUAGAAUCAGCAAAGUGCAUAUAAGGUAAGCAACUGGCCUUCUAACUAGAAAUGGUUGUGAUGGUGCUUUCCCCAGGAAAAGAAAGAAUCGAUGACUUAAGCAGUGAGUUCCCCUUCUACCUCAAACUGUGAGAUCUUUUAGGUCUCAUUUUUAUGUCUAGUUACUAUCUUUCCCUUCUCUUUUCUACCCUCCCUUUAGCUUCUUUAUUCAGCUGUCAUUCUCUGUUAUUGAGCAAUACUGCUUUCGUACCAAUCUGCAUAACAUUAGUGCAGUAUUCUCAAAUUACUGUGUUUCAGCCUAUAGUAACACCGUAAUCACUGUGAAGUUUGUAUUGAAUCAAGACUUCAUCUAAGAAUACUCUUGUAUCAUCUUGAAUAGAAUUGGCUGGGAAGUAAAAAGAUGGGAGAUGGAAUAGUGUGAUUAUGUUCCUUGUUUUAAGGCAUAUAUUUUAUUUUUGGCACUUUCUUGUAAAUUGGUUGAGACCUUAAGAUAUGUACUGUAAUCCUUUUGCACAUUUUCUGUUGAGUUGUGUUUCUCCUGUUUCUCCUAUAUGUUCAUGAAUAUAAUGGUAUGGAUGCUGUAAUGAUAACAGCAUUGCCCAGUAUGGUAUUUCAUCUUUUGAAAAUUUGGAUGUGUUGUUUCAAAAUGCUCAUGAGCAUAAGCACAGCUCUCUUUAAAGCAUCCACAUCUUUUUUUUAGGCUUCACAUAAACUUGAAAAAUAGGCAAAGCUGUUUUAACAAGUUGAAAACAUGUGACUACUUUAAAGAAAUGCUGCAAAAAUGAAACAACUUCUCCAAAUCAUGUUUAAGUAUGUGCAACAGUAUUGUACAAUAUGUAAAUAGUAAUGCUUGCACUAUAAAAACGGUUUAUAAAUGAUAUGUGCAAUUUUAUUUUUUAAAGUAGAACUGAAUUUAACAGCAAAAUGAUAGCCCUUCACUGUAUCAGGCAGUGCCAAUGUUAAAUUGAUCAUACUGAAUCCUGUAAACAAUUACUAGUAAUCUGGCAAAUACAAGAGAUAUUGUUUUAAAGCUAUCUGCAUUUAACUAAUUAGCAUUUAACUUAAUUAUCCUCAUAAUUGGCAUAAAUAUAUUACCUUACAAACUGUUCUUAGUAUAAUACUUUCUUUCUCUCCAGUGAUUCUUACUAGAUGAAUACUUUGCAUAGAAAAUUAAAGAAUUCAGAUUAUCUUAAAAGGGGGAAAAUAAAGAGGAUUCAUACUGUAAAUCCAUAUCCUAAAAUUCUUUUUAAAAAUUAAGAUUCUAGUUUUUAUCACAUUUGAUUAUUUCCCUAUUACUGUAUAUUAGGAACAUAUAAUUCCUAUUAAAAAUUUAUGUUUGAACAAAUUUUAAUCUAGUAAUUGAAAUGGAUCAUGUGCGAUUCUAUAGUUUAUUCUAUAGUUUUGUGCAAAUCAUAGAAUAUUAGGUUGGAUGGGCCUUGGAGAUAAUCUACUCUAUACCAAAGCUGAGAGUUGGUUUUAUUUUUUCUAGCUCAUAUUAUGAAGUUAUUUCUGAAUUCCUCCCUGUCCAUGACAUCACCAUUCUCUCUCAUAAAAAUUCAUAAUAAGAUUGUUCCAAAUUCUAAGCCAACAACUAAACUCCAUGUUCAGAAAUAUUUGUAUUCUUCUAUUUGAAAAAACAAUUUGCUCUUUUAAAACUUUGAAACUAUUUUUCUAAACUACUGAUUAUUCUUUUAUAAAGCCUCUUUCUGACUAUAGUUCAGUACUUUUGAAUAGUUGGACAGAAUAAUGGACUAUUUCAGGCUGAAUAUCUUGCCUCUUCCUCUCUCUGGGAAGACUACUGUUUCUAUAUCAUGCAGCCUGUCUUGAGCUAUAAACUAGUUAAGCAUAAUGGAAAAUAUUAUUUGGUCACCAACGUUAAGACAUGAUUCAAUUGCUGCUAGUUUCUAUACAUGAGAUGUAGGAAGGCAGGAAAAUGUCUUAGGCUACUAUCUCUCAGGAUACAGUAAUAUAUAUUUUUCUUAAUACAUGACCCAUUGCUGUGAAUGAUGAUCUCAUUUACAUUUGCCUAUUUAAAUAUAUAGAAUACAUGGAUUCACUUCUUAGAAGCUCUGCUUUUCAUUUUUAUGGGAAAAACAAUGUUAUGCUUUUGUCUGUUUCUUGCUGCUAUAUAGUACAGUCCUCCAAGUUCUUUGUUAAGAGCCAUCCUCUGUUUCACUAAGGGAUAUUCAUGUUAUUAAAGUUGAAAUUGAGUUUUUGCAGCAGUGCUUGAAGCCGCAGAAAGUGCACAACAGUGCAAAUGUAAUUCUAUUCACUUGUUUGUGUGUAUGAUUAAAAAGUGUUUACCUAGAGAUUGUCAGACACCACGUCAGAGCUAUCUCUGUUUUCUUGAAUCUUAGAUAGUUUCUUAUACAUUUUUGGUUCUCACUUUAGUUCAAAAAUAGUUAUUUGCAAUUUUCUAACUAGAAAACUUUGGCUUUAAAUUUUAAUACCAUUUAGACAUAUGCCACACUGCCAAUAUUCCUGUGUCAAAUGUAGCUUGCUUAAUUAAAUGACUGCUGCUUCAAAGAAAUCAUUGACUAACUUAAGAACUAAAUAAUGAUGUAAUUGAAUUUAGCACUGCUGAACAAAGGCAGCAUGCUAAAAGCAUUCAAGAUGGUUUGCAACCAGGUCACCUUGCUAUAAAUAAACUCCAUCCAUAAACUUUGUCAGAUUGCUUAUAGAUAUAACAGCACAACUUUUCCUGAAGUUGGGCUAAAUGACAUAUCUAAACAUUAGGCCCUAACAUGUCAUUGUCCUUACAGUUCCUAUCUUAAGGUCUUUUAAACUGGAACCAAGAACCAGAAUAGUCAUUUGAAUGCUUUUUAAAUUUUCCCCCCUAUAUCAACAUUUUUUUUUCUUUUGUGUUGUUUGAAGAGUUAAGGAAUCGGGAAUGUAUGGGAAAUCUUGAAUCCUGGAAUAAUUCAUCAUUAUAUCAUAACUAUUGUUUUAGAUACCUUGAAUGAAAAAUAAACUAUGAUCAUUUUAAAUACUAGAUUUAGAAGGCAGAUCCCCUUCUCUUGUAUUUAUUUGCCCAUCUGACCAGAUCAGAUAGGAUCAAUUUCCUUCAUCCCUAUAGGAUAGGUACAGUACCUGAGAAGGCCUUAGAAGGAAGCAUUUCCAGUAGCUGCUCUCAACUUUUAGAACUUCCUCCGGUAAAGUUUUGGCCAGCUGUUUUUCUCUGGUCUUUAAGACUAUGGUGAACAUUUAAGUUGUUCUGUCUUGCACAAGGUGAGGGGGGGGGAAUUAUUACUGAAAGUGAUAUUUGCAAGUGAUGACAGCUAAUACAAAUACCCUUUCUUCUGAAGCAACCUCUAUAUAUGCGGGGGCCAGUGAAAUUGCCUUAGCUGGAUCUGCCAUAGUUCACUUCAGUUUACUUAGUGAGGCUGUAUGAAUUCUGAAGUUACCAAAUGGGAAGAUGUUAGCAAUAUAUCAGAUCUGGAAACCUUUAAUAUUUGAAUCUGACAGAAGGGAAUGCAGCAAAUAAAAAACUUGAAAACAAUUAUUGGGAUCAAGGAAAAUCUAUUUAACAUAACAUAACAUAACAUUUCCCAGGUUACAACUUGCAAUUCAAGUGUUUCAGAAAAAAAAGGAGAGCAGAAACUCAAGUAAGACUGUAAGCAGGACAUUGGAAGCAGAAGACUGAUAAAAUUGUCUAAAAUCAAAAGUGCUCCUCAGAAUUAGUAUGAUCACGUAAGGUUCUGAUUCUCAACAUUUCCUACAUCAACAUUUCCAUGUGCAUCAAACAAAUGAUGUGGCAAUGAUGGAAAGACUAGGCCUGGUAAAUAAAAAUUAUACCAAAUAAUGCUGUUUCUCUGCAUAUAUGUGUGAAGAGAAAACAGUGAUCUGAUAAUGAACAGAAAACCCAAAUAAUAGAUUGAUGAAUUUAAAAGUGUUCAAAAAGUAUAAUGUACAAUUUUAGUAAAGACAUUCUACAAAACUGAUAAUCCUCAAGCUAAGGGAUAGCAUUUAAAUCAGUUUGUUAAAUUGUAUUAUAAUUAGUUAAAAAAGCACUUUGAAUUACAGCUAAUCCUAAAUAUUUUUGCUUGAAAAAAAUCCUCAAUCUUCUUACA